AGUAUUAUGAAUCAUUCAAAUUUAACUUCAUCUAAAGUAGACCGCCACCAACAAAAAAGAAUUAUUUACAGAGGGCAAAAUCGGUCAGGAAAACAUUUUGAGACUUCUUCAACAUCAAAUACUUCACCAACAACUACCACAAACAUUCAGACAAGAUCUGCUGAACUUAGUGAUUUACCCGGAUAUUCUUAUGAUCCAAGCAGCAAAAAAUAUUAUAAAAUUUGGGAUAAUGUCCCGGGACAGCCUUCUGGUUCAACUUUAUUACAUUUACGAAAGUUGGCAGUUAAUUCAGAAAUUUUAAAAUGUUCUAAUACAAAUAAUUCUUUACGGAAAUUUAACAACAUAAGUUUGCCGAAUGCUUUGGCUGGACUUCAAAUUUUUGGUUCAUGUAGGGGUACGAAUCUACGUUUAAUUGAAGAGUCAAGAUUACGGUCUGUUAAGCAAACACCUAGCUAUAGUUCUGAGGUUUUAACAAAAAUAAAAGUAAAAUUAAAUUAUUUUGAGGUUUCGGAUAGUUGGUCACAACGUUUUGACAGUUGCCAAUUUUUGGAUGUUUCAGAAGAUGGGAAAACCUUGUUGGGGUGUUGGUCAACUCAGCGGAAUGAUAUUUUUUCUGGUCAUAAUCAAUGUUCACGAGUAUUAUCUUUCAAAGUCCAUUCAAAUUCUGAACAAGCAAGACGACAUGCUCAGCUUUUGGAUGAAAAUCCUAAAAAAUUAUUCGACACAAAUGGACGCUUUUCGUGUAACACCUAUGGAUUGCAAUUUGACCCUCUUGAUAAUGGAAUUUGUCUAGAAACAACAAAUCAAGUACUUGUCGAUAUGGUACUGGCUCCCGCAGACAGAGAUGUUACUUGUCUUCUUUUUGCUACAGCUAGUUCCUUUUACAAUUCCGUUUGUGACAAAUUUCCCCCACGAAUUGUUACAAAAUGUAAUGUACAUUUACGACCUAUUGAAUUUAAUUUGAGUGAAGAAGGCCGUGAAUCGAUGAGCUCUCCCAUUCACAACUCCGAAUGGAAAUCAACAGAACCUAUUUGGUCACUCUGUUUUAAUUCUCAUCAUAUGAAGGUGAAAGAAUUAUUUUUAAAAUUCAGAUUAUUUUAG